GAACCGGUGACGGCGGAGUCACUGCGACGCUUGGCGCAGGAGCUGGGAGACCAAGCGCCACCGACCCUCCGAGGUCGUCUGAGGGGUGUGCGUCUGAGGAACGCGGAGCCGUCCUUGGUGGAUAUAGCUUCGGAGUUGGGCCUACCUUGCGAGCAUAUGCAUCGGAACAGGCUGGUGGAUAGCAUCGUUCUGUCGCUCUGUCCGCUGCGCGCGCCCGGGGCGGAAGAUGAUGUGAGGUAUCACUUUUGGCGCUGGCUCGCAGAUUGCCGGACCGUUCCUGCAGCAGACCUCGUAGCAAAGGCAUCUGUCAGUUUUCCUGCGACACAGCUACGGCGAUCUAUGCUGAGUCUUUGCGAAGAUGUUCCGUUGGAAAGUAUUGAGAGGAGGCAUGGAAGCGCGGCCGCGGAGCUGGAGCAAUUGAGCCAGGCCACCGUUGCCAUCUUGCAACACCUUUCUGCUUUGAAUGUUCAGUUUCCAGCUGAAGUGCCAGAGACUUGGACCACUGCGAUGGAACAACUGCAAAGCAUCAGAUGGCCAGACCGUUUGUCUGGAUUGCAGUGCAGUAGUUUGCUGGCUGUGUUGUUGGAGAAUCGGCCGCUACAGCGCAGAGGUUGGUGGCAGUUGGUGGAUUGCUGGGAUCGCGCAGAUCCAGUGGAUGUAGCAGAGCGACUGUGGAGCCUGGCCACAUGUCAUCAAGCUGGACCAGCAGUGGAGCCAGACAGUGGCUUCCAGGAUCGAGAAGAUGUUUUGGAGGUGGGUCGGCAGAAAGCGUGGGACUUUUGCAAGGUUUAUGUGGACGUUUGGUUCGGAGAAACAGCGGUCUUGGGCGCACUGAAGCACAAGCGCAAGAGUCGUGGAUAUGACGAGGCAGACAAACUCUUGUUGCGCACUUUGAUGCGGCGCUAUGGCUGGGAAAGACAUCUGGACGAGAGCACAGCGUGCACGUGGAUGGAAACCUUUGAAGCAGUCAAGAAGGCAGAGGAUUGGUCUCGUUUUGCUUGGUUUCUGGUCGCGCACUUGUUGCACCCUGCUUGUCGUGAGAGUUUGCGUGCGUGGCACAAUCCGGUGACCGUUUUGGAGUCGAGAUUAGACCGCAGUGGUAUUGCCCAGGAGGUGGUUACUUUGCACGAUGACUUGUUGGCCUGGCAAGAUCUCCACGGGUGUUCUUCGUUGCCCGAGAAGAAGCAGCAUGCAGACUUGGCGAAGAGGGUGGGCAAGUAUUUCAACAGCAGGGAGGCGCGUGUGAGGACCCUCCAGAAAGCUUAUCCUGCAGACUUUGCGCCGCUGCCUGGUUACAGAGUUGAGUGUUUGUCCUUGGAAGGCGAUUCCCUGCGUGGUGUACUCUGGCGGUCUGCAGCUGAACGUGCUCUGAUGUUUUCGAUCCCUGGAUGGAGAGAAGAGGGCAAGGGCAAGGAGGAGUUUCAUCCUUUGCAGGAUUUCUGUAAGCAUUGGUUGCCAGAAGCAGACGAGAUGGAGUGUCUUGAUUUGUUGACCAACACACAGCGCCCUGUCACGUGGAAGCUCGAGCAAGUCGCGAGACGAUUGGACUGUUCACCCACGGUUUCUGGUGUGCAAGAAGCCUUAGCCAAGCGCUUACUGCGAUCUUUCCCUGAGGAUGCAGGUGACUGCCUACAGAAAUUCUGCUGUAGAUUGUGUCCAACCGACUGCACAGAUGCAAAGUCCUUCAAAGAGCACGUCGCACAGGAGCACGCUGGCGUCGGGCUGCAAGAUACUCCCCGGAUGCUGAUUGAGUAUCGCAAGAAGAUUCUCGUACCAGGUAUGAGCAGACAGAGGACAAUAGCUGCCAACUUUGAUGAGCGCUUGCGUUGCCCUGCAGGCACGAGUGAGGAGGGCCGAGUGGAAGCUGCCUGUGUGGUGUGUGCUCGACGUUUUUGGGCGCAUGAGUUGAACAAGGUGCUACUCUUCACCGACCCUGCCCAAGCAGAAGGGCUACCACAGCUCCCGAUGGAGUGGAUGCAGCAGUCCGUCCAUCUCAGCAGCAUCGACUGUGCCGCCUGCUGGGAGUUCCACGCUAUGCUGAGCGCUGGUGAAUAUGUGCUCUUGCACCGGCGGCGCAUGCCGGAAGACGCACGACAGCCGUCCCCUGUUUGCCGGGACUGCCGCACCAGCCUGACAGCCCAGGUUCUGACCUUGCCGCGCCACGCCCUGGCGAAUGACCUGUGGCUUGGCAGAGCCUUGCCAGAGCUUCGUUCCCUCUCCGCGGGGACGAAGCGGCUCUUGCCCCUGGUGCGUGUGUGCAUGCAGGUCACCGUCCUGCAGCUGGUGGUGCUUCCCCACACCGAACGGCAGAAGGGCUUCAUCGGGAACACCAUCUUUUUGCCGCAAGCUAGUCCUUCCUCAGUCGAAGCAGUGUUGCCACCCCGCGCAGAGGACAUGGCCGAGCACAUCUUGUUCGUCUUGGUGGGCCACAACAGAGGCGACCUGCGAUCGUCGGCCACGAUGCAGGCACCUCGAGAGGAAUACGUUGCCGCUGUCGAGCGCCUCCGACAAACUUCCAAGUACUACGCGGAGGCAGCGGUCGAUCUCAGUCGAUGGUCUGGCCAGGAGGAGACUAUGUUUGAAGGCUGUGUCCUUGAGACGGACGCAGACAGCUAUUUGGCGAGAGAGCUCUUACAACGGGGACCGGCGGACGCUCAAGGCCAAGAGAGCAGCCAGCAGGAGGAGGACGACGCUGGCAUGGCGGAGGACACUGCAGAGUCCGGUCAUCUGAUUUCCAGCAUAGUCGGCCUGAAUGACACCUCGGACGAUGAGAAUCGUUGGUUGCGGGUUUGCCGAGAUGUGGAGGAUCUGUGUCGUCGAAAGCCUCGACAGUAUGACACUGAUGCAGAGCUGGUCGUGCGCAAUCGGGCCAACAAUGACCUGGGUGUGGGUGCUGCGCAGAUGGAAGGAGCAAAUCUACUGGGUCGAGAAGGCGCGCACGAACGUGGAGUCCUUCGUCGCAUCCGCCAGGUCCAGACUGUGGCCGCGCAUGGGGUGGAGACAGAGCGACAAGCGCAAGGGCAAAUGUUUGAGGUCAGGCCACAGAAGUUGGUGGUGCCUUCUCGAGAUACCCCUCUGAGCAUGUUUGAGCCAGGGACCUGGGCAAUGGCUUUUCCUACGUUGUUCCCUUGGGGUGACGGGGUGCCUUUCUUGAAGAGGGAGACGAGCAUGGAAGCUUCUGAAGUGUUUCGUUAUUUGCUCCUACGCGAAGAGCUCCAGUACAGCGGUGAGGGAGGUGUUGAAGAUGAGGUCCCUGCACUACCUCGAUGGAGUUUGUCGGCCGCUCGGGACGACGAGUGGUUGCGUCAUCUUUUUUUGGGACCAGAUUUCUGGUUAAUGUCUGUUGAGCAGUUGCUCCCGACGAUGUAUGAUGUCCAACGUCGUUUGACGUUGAUGCGGGCCUCCAAGGCCUAUGUCAAGAGGAGUGGCUUCGGCCGCCACUGCUCGGUCAUAGCCUCCGUGACCUCCGAGCACCUCCUGAAGGCCAUGGCGCUGCACGGGGAGAAAGCGGACAUCCGCGAGUUGCUCCGCUCCCCGGACGUGGACGUGCCGCUCAAGCGCGCACUGGGUAGCGUCCUGCAGGCCAGUUCCAACGUUUUGGGCACAGAAGGUCACCGAUCUCAGAUCCGUCUGCGAGGCCACGCAGCUGGGUGGCAUUACGGCCCAAGUCACAUUUUUGUGACACCGAACUUGGCGGACUCGCGAGCUUCUCUGCUCUUGCAAUUGCAUCUGCAGGGGGGCUCGCGAGUCGAGGCCUAUGAGGUCGACCUGGCCUGGGACCUCGAGGCACCAGCACUGCCCUCGCUGAGCGCAAUGCGUCGCAUUCUAGCUGCCGACCCAGUCUCUCAAGCAAGGUUUUUUGACGUGAUGAUGACCUUGUUCUUUGAGGAGAUAUUGGGCACGUUGCCGCCGCUUACCCGCGCCAGCUUCCGAGGCGGUCUUGCCAGGGACUUCGAAGAUGGUUUUGCUGCUUCCACUCAUGCUGGUUGCUUUGGAGAUGUGGCAGCCUUUUGUGGCCCUCUUGAGACGCAAGGACGCGGUUCCAUGCACCCACAUAUUCUGGUUGUGCUUUUGGGGCACGACCUGGGCAAUCGCCUUCGCUCUGUGUUGGCCACCGCAGCGCGCGGGGAACUGGUCAUUGAGUUGGAACGCUGGAGUCGCGCCGUCCUACAAGCAGCCAGCCGUAUUCGCUACGACAGCCAGCAAGCUCUCAGUCAGCAGUUAGAACAAGAAGUGUGUCCACUACCGCUGAGCGAAAAUCAGCGUGCUGCAUGUGGAAGGCAAUACAGCGACGUGCCACUGAGGUCAACGGAGCCAGACGGCCACGAAGCGGCGACGGAGUCCAGUACACCUCUCCGACUGACCGGAUGCUUCGCUUCACUACGUCCACAUUAUGUCAGGAGGAGCAAGGCCGCUGCUUUCAACGCGGCCAGUUGGUCGGGCGCCCUCUGUCGCGACUAUCGUCGCCUCGUCAUACAGAAUCACUUCCACAAGUGCACGAAGUCUUGUUUCAAGAAGAACGCUGCGAAAGGCAAGCGGGGAUGUCGAUUUGGCUGCUUCCACGUCGAACUACACAAAGAAACGGAAGACUCUGGACUGGAGAAGGUACGCGCGCGUUGUUUGAAGGGAUGGCCUCGAGUUCAGCGUGCGCAGUUUAUGAUUCUACCACGUGAAAAUGUUCCAUUGGAGGAAGAGGAGGCCAUGAAGAAUGAGAACCCCCAUGUCUUUCAACCUCAACGGGACCAUCCCUUCGAAGGCAUGUCGAAUCCCAUAGCUCAAGUCAGCAUGCGGUGCAACGUCGACGUGAAAUACUUGGGACGUGGUUUUUGCGAUGCCGAUUUGCAGAAACUGGCUGCCAAUGAAGAGGAUGGAGACGGACAGGGCGGAGACGCACAGCCACCAGACGGGGAGCGCAAAAAGAAGGACAAGAGCUUGGACGCGCGGUUGCACAGAGUUGUUGUGGAUAUGUUUCGGGACAUGCAGGAUGUGCAAUUUUAUACUGGGGAGUACGCGAGCAAGAAGUUCGAAGUGUCUCGAUCUCUGCUACCGGAACUCUUUGCCGGCGUUCAGCGUCUUGAAGCUGAAGAGGCACAGCGUCAGGCGGCACCGGUGCCCGAGGCUGCGCCGUUGCCUGCAGAAGUGGCCAGGUUGCGUGCUUUGAGUUUAUUGCGACGUCUUGCUUUUGGCAUGCAGAGAUGUGUUGCGAAGUCCAAUGGGGAGAUGGCCUACCAACUUUUGUUUCAGCAGGAGCAACUGGUCAGCUACAGUGGCUACAACAUGUUCUUUCGGUUUGUGCCCUAUGCCAUGUUUCGUUGUCGCGCAGUGGCCUUGGACGCAGCCGCCGCCAGCGCGCCUCAUUUGAAAGUUCUGCCCCUGGAGCCUGUGGAGGCUGAAGAGACUGACGCAAUCCCUGUGCAAGAGGUUGCUGAGGUAUUCGACGAGGAAGAUUUGACGGAAAGUGGGAUCCCGACAGGUGGCACGAGGGUUGUGUCGCACAAUCAGAAGGAUGAUUACUUGCAUCGUGGUGCUUCAGCCGUUAUGACGUCUAUGUCUUUGGUUAUGUAUUCUCGUUAUGUGCGACGAGAGUUGCGAACAGCAGACGACAAUGUUGUGGUGCCUGUGGAUUUGCGCCUUCCGGGGCAGAAUGAACCUGAGAAAUACGCUGCGUUUAUGCUGGGUUUGUCGUUGCCCUUUCCACGUUGCCCGGGUGCACAGCAUUGUGGAGAAGCUUGGCAAUGUUUUCAUUGUCAUGAGAUUGAAAAGUUGGAAGGGAAAGGUUUCCUGCGAGCCUGUUUCUCCAAGACCUGGAAACAAUGGAAAGCUUGCAUGCAGGUGCGCAAGGUGAAUGCGCAGGAACGACUCUUGGCUGGCUUGAGUUUACCUUUUCUGCGUGACGUGGUGGGCUUACGCGAGUGGUACCCUGAGAUCUCCGAAGAGAUGCCUGCGCAGGAGCCCGCAGGAGAAGAUGCAGAGGACCAGGGAAUUCUGUUUCCGAGCGCCUCCACACCUUCGCCUCUGUCGAGUACCUAUCAUUUGAUGUGGUGUCUCGGGAAGGUUUUCAAGGGCAAGCAUGGUCGCUACGUGGACCUACCUCGGAUACACGAAAGGAUUUGUUGGUCUUUGGGAAUCCCUUGUGGUUUUCACUACACACAGUUGACUCCGCUGGAGCACAUGUCUCAUGUGCAGCUGCAGUGGUUGGAGAGGUUCCGCCUGCACCACGAAGCACGACAGCUCAGCAGCAGCCAGAGGAGAGCCGAGCGCUUUGCUUACAUGACCAAGGAAGAGGAGGGCGAAGACGACGAUGUCGGUCCCGUGGACAUAGAAGGAUCUGAUGUGGAGAACGAUCUCGAGCACGAAGAUGCGAUAGAGCGCAUGGAUUGCGCCGAACAUCCUGUGAGCCGAGAAGCUUUGAAAGAAGUACUCUUUCGUGAGAAAGACUGGAAGCGUUGCCUGGCGGGACGCGACAACCGCACGAAGUUUGCUCUGAGCAGAUUGAAGCAAGUGGUUGAGGCCAUGGGUGGCUUGCCCAAUGUGACUGUCAACGUUGAAGGCGAGCGUCCUCUGGAUGGUGCUCUUCGUCGCGCAUGGGCCUAUGCUGAAGCACAAGACAUGUUUGACCGGCAAUCCCAGUACCUGGAGAAUCUGUCUGGAGGUGUUCCAGAUGAUGCUGAGGAGGAGUUUGUCCCGAGUGGCCUGGAAGCGAUGACUGCGACGGAUCCGUUCUUGAUGGAUCUGAACGCGCAGAAUCUGCGACCGAGGGACUAUGCCUUGAAGCUGGUGGAGGACCAAAGCUGGUGGAAAAUCAUGGGGUGGAUCGAACGACUGGUGUCCUUAAUCGCAAGUGUUCCGAACACGCGACAGGAGUGCACGCUCAACGCACAGCAGAUUCGCGCUGUGGCUCCCAUUGUUUGCACGAUCGAUGAAAUGUGGGAGAAGCGCACCGAAGCAAGCACCUGCUUCGCCAAUGGCCAGCCCAGUGAGCGGUGCAACUGUCUAUGGCUUGGCGCGGGGGGCUCGGGCAAAACGUGGGCAUACACCAAAGUCUUGCGACCUUUGUUCCAGCGCUUCUUUGGCUUUGGUCGCUACACUGCCGGGGCACCGACCCACGCGGCCGCGCGGUUGUUGGGGGCAGAAGCUAGAACUCUGCACAAACUGGCGAACAUUUCCCCCAACUCCGCACUACACCGCGGCGCCAUCCGAGGGCAGCGGAACAAAAAUGAUGCCCUGGAGCAACAGAUUCUGGCGUCAUUGGCCUGCAUCGUCGAUGAGCUGUCGAUGAGCGCAGCGGAUGUAUAUCAUGCUCUUGGCCUGCGCUUCUCGGUGAAGCGCUGUGAGAACUGGGCGCUGGACCUGAGCCGCUAUCUGCAGGAGUGGUUCGGCAAGAUGCCGAUAGGGCUACAAUUGGGCGACUUCCUACAGUUGCGCCCUGCCGCCCAAGCGAGCCUCUGCGAAUGGGUGGAAGUUCCGUCAGCGGUAGAACCAGCGCCGCUGACGGAACUUCAAGAGCAGGCCAGCAACGCAGCCGAGCUGGGGCGGCUCUUGUUCAAGAACUCCAUGGGCAUUGUGGUGCACUUCACUGGAACUGGGCGUUUCUCUUCUUGUGCUUCCGGCCAAGCUUUGGUGGCCAUUUUGCAGCACAUGCGGCAAGGCACCGCCAUGACGGACGCACUCUGGGCGCAACUCCAGAGUCGCGUCUACGAGGUCCAGCAACUGCAAGACCUCCAGACCGCGCCUUCGCGCCGGGCGUUCUUGCGGGCCUACUGGGGUGCACUUGCCUGGGAGCAGGUUGCUCGGUUGCAACAGUUGCGAGCAGUGCUCGAGGCGGAAGACGCUGGAGAACGGCUGUACUUCGUGCAAGCCAUCGACAAGCCCACCGGCGACGCCACGCUGUCUUCCGCCCAGGUCAGCGCAGCUCUGCAGUGUUUGAACAUGACCAAGACUGGCUAUUUGAUUGGCAUGUGUCCGUUGUUUCUUGGGAUGGAAGUGCGCAUUUCGUGCAUCUUGCCGGAGCCCUUGCUGACGCGCGAGCUCCCGUGCAUAGUGCGACGCAUAGAACUACAUCCCAAAGAACCUCCGACGCCACCUGGAGCAGCUUGCGUGGUCCUGCAGUACCAGCCGCUUGGAGUCUUGGUGGAGGUCGCAGACAGUGAUUAUGGUCAGUUUCAGGUCCCUGGCGACGACGUACCCAAGGGUCAUUUCUACGUGAGGCCUGUGUUCAACAAGCAAUCGGCCUGGGUCUUUGAGGUUGCGCCCAAGCAGAAACUUCGACUUGUUCGGAAACAGGCUUGGGACGCACUAACUUGUUUUGGGCUCUCUGGUAUACAUCGUAUCGUCGCCGUGUCGGUCUGUCUUUCUCGUUUAGUUUCCUUUAUGCGCAGGUACCCUUGGCCCCACAGCGAGUGCUGACUCAUUUUGGACUGCAAGGCAUCACUGCCAGAUCUGGCCUGGUCGCUUUUCUGAAUCAACCUCCCUGGAUGAAGGAUGGAGAUUACGGUUUGGCCCUCUAUGUCAUGUUGUCGCGAGCAACGAAGUUGAGCGAUUUAUGGCUCAUUGGAGUGCCUGAGCGCCCAUAUUUCGAAGGCUUCUUGCAUGAGCACAACAAGACUUUGGUGGAUCGUAUGAGCCUGUUUGAACGUCUGUCUGUGCAGAAUGAGCAAGCUGCGGAAAAGUACAUCCAGAAGCUGCUUUGGAGGGGAAAUGCUUA